AUGCUUUUUGCCAUCGAUCUCCCUGCUGAUACUCGAGCAAUGACUGUCUUUACUGCAGUGGAGAGAUUUUACAACGAAAAGAAGAUACCACUGCAAAAUAUAUUGCAAUGUGCAACCGAUGGCGCUGCUGCAAUGGUUGGCAAACAUAGGGGCUUCAUUGCGCUUAUGAGAAGAAAAAUACCUGGACUGAUUGCCACUCACUGCGUCAUCCAUCGGCAGCAUUUGGUCGCUCGUAAUCUUAGUGCAGAACUGCACGACGCUUUGCAUAUUGCGAUAAAAUGUAUAAACAAAAUUAAGGCUAAUUCACUUAAUGAUAGGCUUUUCCGUGUCCUUUGUCACGACAACGAAGAAGAUUUUGAAUGUCUUUUAUUACAUACCGCAGUACGAUGGCUUUCUAAAGGUGCAUGUAUGACUCGAUUUUACUCCCUCUACGAUUCAGUGGUCGAAUUUCUUUCCGGUGUCGAUUUUCAAUUGGCCGAAUCCUUGAUACCAUUAAAAAAUGAUAUCGCAUACUUGGCGGACAUUUUCAGUUUCAUGAAUGAAGUAAACAAAAAACUUCAGGAUGAAAUGAUAACGCUUAUCAGAUGCAAAAGUGUUCUAACGUCAUUCAUAUCAAAGCUUUCAUUAUACAAGGACAAUAUGGGGCGGAAUACUUUGUCACAAUUUCCAAAUCUAUGCGAGAAUAAUGUAACAGAAAAUGAACGACUCAAAUACUGUGCUCGUUUACAAAACCUAGUGGAGGAUAUGAACAUUCGCUUUGAAGACCUCAUCAGUCUAACGGUGCCGCGCUGGAUAGUACAACCAUUUUCUGCCGAACCGGCUGAUCUAAAAGUCGAACUUCAAGAUCAAUUCAUCGACUUACUACAUGAUGAGGAAUCGAAGAUGGAUUUUACCGAUGAUCGAUAUGAUGUCUUUUGGUGCAGGUCAUCGAGCAAGUACCCGACAAUUUUUGAGGAGGUAGAACCCUGGAUUCUUUCAUUUCCUACGUCUUAUAUGGUGGAAAAGGGGUUUUCAGCCGUGACACUAUUGCUGUCAAAACAACGGAAUCGGCUUUCCAUCACUAAACGGGGUGAUUUGAGAUUGUUUCUGACAAAAAUGUCACCCAAAAUUAAAAAACUCGCUGAAGAGCACCAAGCUCACCCAUCACAUUAA